AUGCUCAAGUCCAGGUGGGCAACCCAGCCCGAUGAGGCGGAGAAAGCAGCAGCACCGGAGGUCAACGUCGCUGCACCAGAGCCAGCGUCUGCACCUACCGACAACGCGAGGUCCUAUGACCCCGCUUUCAACGACCCGACAAUGGAUCCAUUCGCUCAGACCGCAAGUACAGACGACCUUUUCUUUGACGACGACAUCACGCCUAUAGCCGAGCCUGUUGUUGAGCAGAACCCCGUCGAACUGCAGGCCUCCGCCGCCGAAUUUGUACCCGAAGAAGUACAUCCACCGACAGCACCCCAAGCACACCUAGCACCGCAUGCGCCCCGAGAGCCAAGGAACGCGGAGAGAGGAGGUCGCGGCCGUGGUAGAGGAAGGGGUCGUGGAAGAGGUCGUGGUGGACACAACACCGACAUUCGGCUCGAGCAUAACGACAAGAAGGUACCUGAGGCUUCCAAGGAAACUACGCCAGCCCCAGCCCCAGCCGCCAAUACUGCCAGUACCGAUACUGCAGAAUCCUCGGUCCCUCCUUCUGCGCCCACUGAGCCAAAGGACAAACCCGCGCACGCCGUCCGCGGCGAUAGAGGCCUGACUGGCGGCGCUGCACGCACGCGCUUGACAGAAGCGGAGCUGAACGCGAAGCUCGCCAACAUGCGCAUUAAGAAUGAAGCCCGUCAGAGCGCUCACGCUCGCGCUGAGGCCGACAAGGGCAACUUUGAGGCUCGAGAAGCCGUCAUGCAGAAGCAGGAUGUGGAGCGCAAGAAGGCACUCGCGGAGAAGCAGAAGGCAGAGCGCCAGAGUCGUCAGCAGAUGAUGGGGGAGCGCGAGAAGAAUCGGCAGCGCAAGCUCAAUGCUCAAGGGGGCAGGGAGUGGGACUUUGAGAAAGAGGAUGGUUUCUCUGGUACUGGAGAGGAGAAGCGACGAGGCGCUGCCCGCGGUGCACAUGGUGGUAUCGCACCCUCAAGACCAGUCGACAACGGAUCCAAUGGAGCUGAAGACUAUCAUGAACCUGUCGCACAAUCGAGCCGUGGACGUGGUAGAGGUAGAGGCCGUGGCAGUAGGGGUGGCCGUGGCGACUACCGAGAGUCCGACCCAAGGCCGACAGGCGUCCAGAAAAAGCGCGACGACCCUCCGCCCUCAGCAUCAGACUUCCCAGAAUUACCCUCUACUAAGGCCAAAGCAACUACCGAGGCGAAGGAGAUAGACGACUUAACCGGCUUGCCAUCACCCAUGGAGAAGGGACGUAGCUGGGCUGACGAGGUUGGCUCGUAG